AUGGCCACCAUCAAGGCCAUCGAGGCCAAAUCCGUACACCAGAUCCAGUCUGGACAGGUCAUCGUUGAUUUGUGUUCUGUAGCCAAAGAACUGGUUGAGAACAGUCUUGAUGCCGGGGCUACCUCCAUCGAAGUGCGGUUCCGUAACAAUGGUCUGGACACAGUGGAAGUACAGGAUAACGGUGCUGGCAUAUCUCCCACAAAUUAUGAAACCGUCGCAUUGAAACAUUAUACCUCGAAAUUGUCUACUUACGAUGAUCUAUCCAGCUUGCAAACUUUCGGCUUUCGAGGCGAGGCCUUGUCUUCUCUUUGUGCUCUGUCGAAAUUUUCCAUCACGACCGCACAAGCAGAAGAGGCACCUAAGGGCAAACGGCUCGAAUUUGAUGUGUCUGGUAGACUGAAGUCAACAACGAUCGUUGCUUGUCAGAAAGGCACCACCGUUAUUGUGGAGGGACUGUUUGAAAGCCUACCGGUUCGACGCAAAGAAUUGACCAAGAACAUCAAAAGAGAGUACGGCAAAGUGCUAGGACUCCUACAUGCUUAUGCAUGUGUCUGUGUCAAUGUCAAAUUCACUGUCAAGAAUACGAUGCCCAGGGGGAAGAGCAUGACGGUCUUCGCAACCAAGGCCAAUGCAACCACCCGGGAAAACAUCGCAAAUGUAUAUGGAGCGAAGACAUUGGCUGCCUUGGUUCCCUUGGAUCUGGAGUUGGAGUUCCGACCAACCUUAACACAAAUGGUCCAGAAAGACAAGACUCAUUCCAGAAUCCAUGUCAAGGGUCACAUAUCCAAGCCGGUGUUUGGUGAAGGCAGACAAACACCAGAUCGUCAAAUGUUCUUCGUCAAUGGCAGACCAUGUGGUUUGCCACAAAUUGCAAAAGCCAUUAACGAGGUGUACAAAGCUUUCAACGUAUCCCAAUCCCCCUUUAUCUUUGCGGACUUGCAAAUGGAUACGAAUGCCUACGACGUCAACGUAUCGCCGGACAAGCGAACUAUACUCCUCCAUGACUCAGCCGUUUUAACCGAGAAUUUGAAGGCCGCAUUGAACGAGAUGUUUGACAAGCAGGAUCAAACUGUCCCUCAGUCACAGUUGCAGACGCCUAAGCUUCCUGCUUUCCAAAAAUUGAGCUUUCAAAGACAUUUGUCCUCUGCAUUACCUGAUACGGAAAGCCAGCCAACAUUGUCGUCGAACCAAUCUAGUCGUCAUGAAGAAAGUCAGAACUUCGAUGAAGGGGGCUCGGCACAAGAGGAUAACGCCGGUACAUUGUUCCGGGAUCACUUCAAGAGCUUCACGAGCACGAGGGACGAAUCAGAGUUGGACACAAAGCAACAAGCGAAGACUCAACAACAACGGGAGAAACGCGCCGGAAAGUUGGCAGAAAGACUCAACGAAGAAGCGCAGAAGACUGCACACUGGGACGAGUAUGACGACGUGCGUGAUAUUUCUAUGUUGGAAGGUGGAGCAAAGGAUGCAAUGUCCGAGCCCUUCCAAUCACCAGACCAGCACGAGGCUGAAGUCGAUGAUGUGGAUGAAAUGAUGGGCAGCCAACAAACAUCCGAGCAGGACAGCGUGCACACUCGAGACUCUUCCGCUAUUCCGUCUACGAUGCCGUCAACAGCCAAAGAGGAAUCUGGUGUGGUUCCCAAUGCAUUUGAUCGCAUGAGACCCAAAAGAAUGCCGGCGGAGCUGGCCACAGUCCAGGUUGGCGACAAGACCAUCACCGCGAUUCUAGGUACACAAUUUCCCAGAGCACCCGAGAGAAGAGAGCACCAGGCUGGGAAGCGAAGAGCGGAUGAGAUCGGCAGACAUCCUGCAAAACCCACGCAACUGACACAAUUCUCACAGCAGUUGUGGAAGUUUGGAGCUGAGAGAAGCGACUCGUUUGAUGAGGAACUAGAUGAUCAGGAAGAACAAGAGGAGGGGGAAGACGUGGAAGAGGAGGGCGAAGAAGACGAAUUAGAAGAAGACGAUAGUGGAGGAGAAGAAGCCGACCAUUCUACCGCAUCUAGUUCUGCCCAGGAUGAUUCGAACCAAGAAGACCUUGCCUUAGAGCCUCAGCUCGAGAUAUCCGGAGUAGACGGCAGUGAGCGGGAAAAUGGUGGCCGCAGUCCUGCCGAUUCAACCGACAAUGGAUCUGACAAUGAUUACGUCGAUGAAGCAGAAAAGAAACGGGUCGAAGAAGCACGGGUAACUGAACUGAUUCGAGCUGCCGAAGAGAGAUCUUCCAUUCCUAGCAAAGACAAUUUGAGGCGAGCGACAAAAGCACUUGCUGGUGGACAAACGAAGGAUUCAACGACGAAUCUUCUCGCAACUGUUGACUUCUCCCUUGAUUCUGUCCGUCAGCAUAUGAGGACACAGCUUUCCCAGGCCCAGGGCGCCUCUGAUGGCCAUGACAUACCGGUUGGAACUGUCGCUACGCCAGCAGAAGACGCCGAGACGCAACUUUCUUUGACAGUGUCCAAAGCAGACUUUGCGGAGAUGCUCAUUGUAGGGCAAUUCAACCUUGGCUUCAUCAUCGCGGUACGGCCUGCCAAAGGAUCCUCGAACGAGCGGAGGCGCUCGCGCCAAGAUGAGUUGUUCAUUAUCGAUCAGCACGCCUCCGACGAGAAAUAUAACUUUGAAAGACUGCAGGCUGAAACAGUUGUGGGCAACCAACGACUUGUCCGCCCAGCCAUCCUCGAUCUGACGGCGGUGGAGGAAGAGAUAGUGCUCGAGAAUUUGGAAGCUCUGGAGAAGAAUGGCUUUGUGGUUGAGGUCGACAUGAGUGGUGACAGCAUGGUUGGACAGCGGUGCAGUCUUGUCAGCUUACCCUUGAGCAAGGAAGUCGUCUUCAACACCCAAGAUCUUGAGGAGCUCAUUCAUCUUCUUGCCGAAGCUCCUGGGCUUGCGAGUGGCAGCGAAGCAGGGGUGCCGCGACCGAGCAAGGUCAGGAAGAUGUUCGCCAUGAGGGCAUGUCGGUCAAGUAUCAUGAUAGGCAAGACAUUGUCGAAGAAGCAGAUGGAAAGAGUGGUGAGGCAUAUGGGUACGAUCGACAAGCCGUGGAAUUGUCCUCAUGGACGGCCUACCAUGAGACAUCUAUGCAGUCUGAAUGCAAUGGAGUCGUGGCACGAGGGUGAUGGGGAACUGGGGGAAGAACCAGUUGGGCUGGGAAAGGCAUUGCAGAGAUAUGCUGCCGAAGGGGAAGAGUAUAAUGACGAAGAAUAA